UGUACGUCCGUCUUGACAGCGACCACCAUGUCGCGCACCUUCACAAUACGCGUGCCAGCCACAUCGGCGAACAUCGGCCCUGGUUUCGACGUCGUGGGCCUCUCGCUGUCGCUCUAUCUCACCCUGACGGUCACCGUCCCGGCGCAAUCACCUGACACGCAUUUUGUUCCCCCCGCCAUCACCUAUUCUGGCGAAGGCGCAGACGAGGUGCCCUUGGAUGCGUACAAGAACCUCACGACGCGUGUCGCGCUCUAUGUCUUGCGCUGCCAUGGCAUCUCCUCCUUCCCCUCCUCGCUGAAAAUUCACUGCAACAACGAGAUCCCCUUCGGCCGUGGUCUCGGCUCUUCGGGCGCAGCGGUCAUCGCUGGCGUCCUGCUCGGGAACGAGCUAGGCCAGCUCAAGCUGCCUACGGUGCGCUUACUCGACUUCGCGCUGAUGGUUGAGCGGCAUCCCGACAAUGUCACUGCUGCGCUCGUCGGCGGUUUCGUUGGGUCGUAUCUGAAGGAGCUGGACGAGAGGGAUACGCAGGCUGCGAGCGUCCCUCUCAGUGAGGUGCUUCCGGAGUAUCCUCCGGACGCGGGCGAGGACUGGGGCAGGGAUCCGCCUGUGCCGCCGAAUGGGAUUGGCCACUACAUCCGCUUCGGAUGGUCAAAGAGCAUCAAGGCCGUGGCCAUCAUUCCGCGCUUCGAAUUGAGUACAGCGAAGGCGCGAGAAGCGCUGCCGUCGGAAUAUUCGCGGAAAGAUCUGGUCUUCAACAUGCAACGGCUAGCGGUGCUUACGACCGCUCUUGGUCAGGAGCCGCCCGACCCUGACCUCAUUUACGAGGCUAUGAAAGAUAGGGUGCACCAACCUUACCGUAAAGCAUUGAUCCCUGGCCUACCAGAAGUUACCUCAUCAAUAACACCAUCAACACACGCCGGGCUGCUGGGCAUCUGCCUCUCUGGCGCUGGUCCCACGAUCCUCGCUCUCGCCACAGGCGGCUUCGAAGCCAUCGCCGAGGGCGCGCGGAAGAUUUUCCGCGAGAAGGGCGUCGAGAUCGACUGGAAGCUGUUGGAGGUCGUGGGCGGAUGUAGUGUAGAGGAGGGAAGUUCGUGAAGUAUGUCACAGCGCAUACAUGAUAGCAAGAAAAGGAGACAAUGUCAGCUUUAGGUAGCGUCCAUGCAACGCCGUGUUCGACACGCGGGUCGGUACCGACCGCAAAUUGCCGAUCCUGAUCAAAUCCGA